UCGUAAAUAUAUUAUCCGGCGCCGAAUGUUAUCAUUCAGUGUUCUGACUCCGGAAGGGAGGCACGCGUGUUCUAUAUAUAAAAGUGCUGAAAAACACGUGCGAUGGAUACGGCGCACGAGAUGCGUGUGAUUCGCGGAGAAGAACUCGACGCGAAACAGGAGCUAACAAAACAACCGAAGAGCGAUGUAGACGCUCUAGAGUUGGUGCUCCAGCACGUCGGCGAGAUGGGGCGCUAUCAGAAGCUACUGUUCGUCUGUAUGAUGCCGUUCGGUUUCUUCUUCGCGUACGUGUACUUCGUGCAGAUGUUUAUAGCUGCGACGCCGCAGCGCCAUUGGUGUGCAGUGCCUGAAUUGGCACAUUUGGAUAUGGAACUCAGACGCAACCUCUCAGCUCCGGGUGCAGAAACAGGCGUGUGGGACAAAUGUUCCACCUUCGACGUGAACUGGACGCAGGUCCUGCAGACCCUGACCCCGCCGCCACCAGGCACGCCGACCAUACCCUGCCAGCACGGCUGGGACUUCGAGAUGGUCGAUAUACCGUAUCAGACUGUUGUUACUGAGAGAGGCUGGGUGUGUGAGAAUGCUGGCUACGUACCCAUGGCUACAGCUGUGUUCUUCGCUGGGGCGGUCGCUGGUGGCAUCAUCCUUGGUUGGGUUGCUGAUCACUUUGGAAGGGUACCUGCUAUCAUGGGUGCCAAUCUGAUCGGCGGUAUCGGCGGCGUGGCGACGAUCUUCACGACCAGCGUGUGGGACUUCGUGCUUUGUCGGUUCCUCGUCGGCAUGGCAUUCGACAAUGCAUUUAUGAUGAUUUAUAUUUUAGUUCUGGAAUACAUAAGCGCUCGUCACCGCACAUGGGUGGCGAACAUUUCUAUCGCGAUGUACUUCGGGUUGGGCUGCGUGUCGUUACCCUGGAUGGCGCUGUGGAUCAGCGACUGGAGACUGCUCGUGUGGGUCACUUCGACCCCUAUGUUUAUUGUGCUGUUAGCGCCGUGGGUGUUGCCUGAGAGCGCUAGGUGGUAUGUGAGUCGAGGCCGAACUAACCAGGCGGUGCAAGUGUUGAGGAAGUUCGAGAAGGUGAACGGCACCAAGAUCCCUGAUGACGUCAUGGAUGAAUUUAUCGUGGCAUCAACACAAACCAAACAAACAAACGAGUCUCUCCUAGUCCUCAUGAAGAGCGUCCCCCUCCGUACAAUCAUGAUCCUCAUGUUGAUCCUGUACAUGUCCUGUGCUGUGGUGUUCGAUGGCCUGGUGAGGAUGUCUGACGCGUUCGGACUUGACUUCUUCAUCAGUUUUACGCUGACUUCGGCUACGGAGAUACCUUCAGUGACGCUGCUGGCUUUUGUGCUUGACAGAUGGGGACGUAGAAACCUCACCGCUGGCCCGCUGAGCAUAGCGAGUGUACUCAUCGGAAUUGCCAUAUUCGUGCCCAAAGGCAUCCCUCAAGCCUCAAUGGCGAUCGGCGCCCGUUUCUUCAUCAACAUGGCGUACACGGCGGUGAUCCAGUGGUCGGCCGAGCUGCUCCCCACCGGCGUGCGCGCUUCGGGCUUCGCCGCGCUGCACAUCAGCGGAUACAUCGCCUCUGUGCUGUCGCCUUAUAUUGUGUUUUCGGAACGAUUAUGGACUCUCCUACCGCUGCUUAUCCUGGGAGUGGUAUCCGUGCUCGGAUCAGGCAUCAGUAUGGUCCUCCCGGAGACGAAGGGCCGGCCCAUGCCGCAGACUAUGGCAGAUGGAGAGAGGAUCGUGCAGGAACAAGGAUUUUGCGGGAGAGGUAUACCCGAUGCGGAUGAAGAGGACUGGAAGACUGAGAAAGAAAAGGCUCUUAUUGCGUAGCGUUACAGACUAUAUUCGCUUGUAAUCAAUCUAUUAACGGUAGAAACCUCUCGAAGAAUUCCUAGGACCUGCCUAGGCAUGUACUUAAAGAUUUUCGUCAAAAAUUUUCGUCAAGCAUACUUAACUAACUUAAGUGGACGGUUAUCAGAAUAUUUUUAUGUUAUUUUGAAAUCGUUAAAUUUUACUUUGCGUUGGAUUGACGAAACAUGCUGUUGUUGAAUUUUGAAUUUUAAAUGGGUUAUACAGGUAAAAUAUUUUGUAAAGGUUGAAAACCUUCUCUUGAGCACUUUUGAUAUUGUGAGCACGGCAUUCAGUAUAUUAUUGUUAAAGCUGUAUGAAGUAUUUUGGAAAAGUUAGAGUUAAAAAGUUAUUUUCAAAACGUCGUGGUUUUAUAUUGAGCGACUCUCUCUCGACUUAUAUUUUGAAGUACGUAGUGACCAUCCAUCCUGACGGACAUGAAACACCUAUACCUACUUAUUAUCGCAGUAUCGAAUUUUCUGAAACUGUUUUGACAGUAAAUAGUAUUACAAUAAGAUAUUAAGCUAAGUUCAGUUUUGCUUCCAAUAUUGUUAAGUUUGUAAAUCACUUGUUUGCCUCUAGAAGUCUAGAAUAUACGACCGUAAGAUAGUCUAACUAUUGUAAGUAGGUAGAUAAUGUUCAAUCUCUCAAUUACUUAGGUUGUUCUACAAGUAUUUAACUUAGUCUUUGGUCAAUUCGUAGAUGUAAGGUCAACAAAGUGUAUUACUAGCUAUAUAUGUAGCUAACUUGUUUAAAACCAGUGUACCUACCAAGAAAUCUUUAAAAUUGUAACAGUAUUUUCAAUAUAAUUACAGUUUAAACUUAUAACACCUAUUUAGGCCUGAAACAUAUCUAAAUCCAGACAUAUUCUGAUGCAUAUUCUGCAUUAUUUAAAUACAUAUCGAGGUACCUAAAUUAGGUACAUUUUAAAUUAAAUUGUUAUUAAGUGCCUACAUUUAUAAUCAGCUUUAGCUCAUAUUAUAAUUUAGGCUAGCCCGAUAAUAACUAGGAUGUUUAAGCGUUGUGGUUUAGAACAAACUGUACUGUGAUAUUAUUGAAUUCAAUUCAAUAUUAUUGUGUAUAAACUAAAUAAUAAUAUACUUAGUACGUUACCAUCGAGAGUUCGUUAAUCCUGAGAGAUUGUUUUAAGAUUCCAGUGACCCGCCAUUUUAACAAUAUCGAAUGAUUCUUAUCUCGCGACAAUUGUUUUACGUUAAAAAAAAUAGGUGAACUAAAUAAUAAUUAAUUUAUAAUUAGCAUAAGUCUGAGUAAUUGUUAUGAAAUAAAUAGUUUAACUUUAAGCACAGUUGUACAAUACAUUCAAUAAAAGUAUGAUGAAUUUUC